CCAGCAGCCCACUCCCGGGUCCCUCCAGGGUCUGCCCCGCUCACCAGUCCUAGCCCCGCUCCGGCCCCGCCCGGCCCCGCCCUCUCCCCACAGCUCUGGGCAGACCCGCCCGCCCGAGCCGGAGUUACAAGAGCCGCCUCCGCGCACGGGGGCCCGGCCACUCGGCGCUGCUCUGCCGCGGGGACUGCACCGCCCGCCCUGCCAGACCCGCCCGGAACGGGGCUCGUCGCCGCCAGUAGCCGCAGCACCGCAGCCUCGGGCCUCGCGCCGGCUAUGGCUGUGCCCCGGGGCUGAGCCCUCAGGUUGUGACCGAGAUCCUGACGAGAGAGACUGAGGGGAAGAGAGGAAGGAGGGGCGGGCUCCUGGCAAGGCAUUUGCUCCUGAGCGGAAUCCUGCAGAGAUGGAGAAGGAGGAGGAGACAACCCGGGAGCUGCUGCUGCCCAACUGGCAGGGUAGCGGCUCCCACGGGCUGACCAUCGCCCAAAGGGAUGACGGCGUCUUUGUGCAGGAAGUGACGCAGAACUCCCCUGCGGCCCGCACUGGGGUGGUCAAGGAGGGGGACCAGAUUGUGGGUGCCACCAUCUACUUUGACAACCUGCAGUCGGACGAGGUGACCCAGCUGCUGAACACCAUGGGGCACCACACGGUGGGCCUGAAGCUGCACCGCAAGGGGGACCGCUCCCCCGAGCCUGGCCAGACCUGGACCCGUGAAGUCUUCAGCUCCGGCAGCUCUGAAGUGGUUCUGAGCGGGGAUGAUGAGGAGUACCAGCGCAUCUACACCACGAAGAUCAAGCCACGGCUGAAGUCGGAAGACGGAGUGGAAGGAGACCUUGGGGAGACCCAGAGCCGCACCAUCACGGUGACCAGAAGGGUCACGGCCUACACUGUGGAUGUGACCGGCCGGGAAGGAGCCAAGGACAUAGACAUCAGUAGCCCUGAAUUCAAGAUCAAGAUUCCAAGACAUGAACGGACUGAAAUCUCCAAUGUGGAUGUGGAGACCCAGUCUGGAAAGACCGUGAUCAGACUGCCCUCGGGCUCGGGGGCAGCCUCUCCAACGCCAGGCUCUGCUGUGGAUAUCCGAGCAGGGGCCAUUUCUGCUUCAGGACCAGAGCUCCAAGGUGCUGGCCACUCAAAGCUCCAGGUCACCAUGCCUGGGAUAAAGGUGGGAGGCUCAGGUGUCAAUGUCAGUGCAAAGGGCUUGGACUUGGGUGGCAGAGGAGGGGUCCAAGUUCCAGCAGUGGACAUUUCAUCUUCUCUUGGGGGUGGGGCAGUAGAGGUGCAGGGCCCAUCUCUGGAGAGUGGUGAUCAUGGCAAAAUUAAAAUUCCCACCAUGAAGGUGCCGAAAUUUGGUGUCUUGACAGGGCCUGAGGGCCAGACGCCAGAGGCAGGGCUGAGGGUUUCUGCACCUGAAGUCUCUGUGGGGCACAAGGGCGGCAAGCCAGGCUUGACUCUCCAAGCCCCUCAGCUGGAAGUCAGCGUGCCCUCUGCCAAUAUUGAGGGCCUUGAGGGGAAGCUGAAGGGGCCCCAAAUCACUGGGCCAUCACUUGAGGGUGACCUAGGCCUGAAAGGUGCCAAGCCACAGGGGCGCAUUGGGGUUGACGCCUCUGCUCCCCAAAUUGGGGGUAGCAUCACUGGUCCCAGUGUGGAAGUUCAGGCCCCUGACAUUGAUGUUCAGGGGCCUGGGAGCAAACUGAACGUGCCCAAGAUGAAAGUCCCCAAGUUCUCUGUAUCAGGUGCAAAGGGAGAGGAAACUGGGAUUGAUGUGACACUGCCUACAGGUGAAGUGACUGUUCCUGGGGUCUCUGGGGAUGUCAGCCUGCCUGAGAUUGCUACUGGUGGGCUGGAAGGAAAGAUGAAAGGUACUAAAGUCAAGACUCCUGAAAUGAUUAUUCAGAAACCUAAAAUCUCCAUGCACGAUGUGGAUCUGAGCCUUGGGUCUCCUAAACUGAAAGGAGAUAUUAAGGUUUCUGCUCCUGGGGUGCAAGGUGAUGUUAAAGGCCCUCAAGUGGCAGUUAAAGGCCCCAGAGUGGACAUAGAGACCCCAAACCUAGAAGGAACCUUGACAGGCCCCAGGCUUGGCAGUCCUUCUGGGAAAACCGGAACCUGUAGGAUCUCUAUGGCAGAAGUAGACUUAAACGUGGCCACACCUAAAGUGAAAGGGGGUGUAGAUGUUACACUCCCCAAAGUAGAAGGGAAAGUCAAAGUCCCUGAAGUUGAUGUCAAAGGCCCCAUAGUGGACAUCAGUGCCCCAGAUGUCGAAGCACAUGGCCCAGAAUGGAACCUGAAAAUGCCCAAGAUGAAAAUGCCCACGUUCAGCACUCCAGGAGCCAAAGGGGAAGGUCCAGAUGUGCAUAUGACUCUACCCAAAGGAGAUGUCAGUAUUUCAGGGCCCAAGGUCAGUGUGGAAGCCCCAGAUGUCAACAUAGAGGGUCUAGGGGGGAAGCUUAAAGGCCGCCCUGAUGUUAAGCUGCCUGAUAUGAGUGUCAAGACACCAAAGAUCUCCAUGCCUGAUGUAGAUUUGCACGUGAAAGGUACAAAGGUGAAGGGAGAGUAUGAUGUAACCGUACCAAAGCUUGAAGGAGAACUCAAAGGCCCGAAAGUGGACAUUAAUGCCCCAGAUGUGGAUGUUCAUGGCCCAGACUGGCACUUGAAGAUGCCCAAGAUGAAAAUACCCAAAUUCAGUGUGCCAGGGUUCAAAGCAGAGGGCCCAGAAGUGGAUGUGAACCUGCCCAAGGCUGAUGUGGACAUUUCCGGGCCCAAGGUAGAUGUUAGUGUUCCUGAUGUGAGCAUUGAGGGACCAGAAGGGAAAUUGAAAGGGCCCAAGUUUAAGAUGCCUGAGAUGAACAUCAAAGUCCCCAAGAUCUCCAUGCCUGAUGUGGACUUACAUUUGAAAGGCCCUAACGUAAAGGGAGAAUAUGAUGUCACAAUGCCAAAGGUUGAAAGUGAGAUUAAAGUUCCUGAUGUUGAACUUAAAAGUGCCAAAGUGGACAUCGAUGCCCCAGAUGUGGAGGUUCAAGGUCCAGACUGGCACCUGAAGAUGCCCAAGAUGAAAAUGCCCAAGUUCAGCAUGUCUGGCUUCAAAGCAGAGGGCCCAGAAGUGGAUGUGAACCUGCCCAAGGCUGAAGUUGACAUCUCAGGACCCAAGGUGGAUGUUGAAGUUCCAGAUGUGAAUAUUGAAGGACCUGAAGGAAAACUGAAGGGCCCCAAGUUCAAGAUGCCAGAGAUGAAUAUCAAGGCCCCCAAGAUCUCCAUGCCUGAUGUGGACUUGCAUAUGAAAGGUCCUAAAGUAAAGGGAGAAUAUGAUGUGACAGUGCCAAAGCUGGAAGGGGACCUGAAAGGCCCAAAAGUAGAUGUCAGUGCCCCAGAUGUUGAAAUGCAGGGUCCUGACUGGAACUUGAAGAUGCCAAAGAUUAAAAUGCCCAAAUUUAGUAUGCCCAGCCUCAAAGGAGAGGGGCCAGAAUUGGAUGUGAACCUGUCCAAAGUGAAUGUGGACAUUUCUGCACCAAAAGUAGAUCUUAGUGCUCCAGAUCUGAGCCUUGAAGGACCUGAAGGGAAGUUGAAAGGCCCCAAGUUUAAGAUGCCUGAGAUGCACUUCAAAGCUCCUAAGAUGUCUCUGCCAGAUGUUGACCUGGAUCUUAAAGGACCCAAAAUGAAAGGAAAUGUAGAUAUUUCUGCACCAAAGAUAGAGGGUGAGAUGCAGGUUCCAGAUGUGGACAUCAGAGGUCCCAAGGUAGACAUUAAAGCACCAGAUGUGGAAGGCCAAGGCCCAGACUGGAGCCUGAAAAUACCCAAGAUGAAAAUGCCCAAGUUCAGCAUGCCCAGUCUCAAAGGUGAGGGCCCAGAAGUGGAUGUGAACUUGCCUAAGGCUGACAUUGCUGUCUCAGGACCCAAGGUGGACAUUGAAGCCCCAGAUGUGAGCCUCGAAGGUCCAGAAGGGAAACUGAAGGGCCCCAAGUUUAAGAUGCCUGAGAUGCACUUCAAGACCCCCAAGAUCUCCAUGCCGGAUGUGGACUUACACUUAAAAGGCCCUAAAGUCAAAGGGGAUGUGGAUGUGUCUGUGCCCAAGGUAGAAGGUGAAAUGAAAGUGCCAGAUGUUGACAUCAAAGGACCCAAAGUGGACAUUGAUGCCCCAGAUGUGGAUGUUCAUGGCCCAGAUUGGCACCUGAAGAUGCCCAAGAUGAAAAUGCCCAAGUUCAGCAUGCCUGGCUUCAAAGCAGAGGGCCCUGAAGUGGAUGUGAACCUGCCCAAGGCUGACAUUGAUGUCUCAGGACCCAAGGUGGAUGUUGAAGUCCCAGAUGUGAGCCUUGAGGGCCCGGAAGGAAAGCUGAAGGGCCCCAAGUUUAAGAUGCCUGAGAUGCACUUCAAGUCCCCCAAGAUCUCCAUGCCUGAUGUGGACCUGAAUCUUAAGGGGCCAAAACUGAAGGGAGAUGUGGAUGUGUCCUUGCCUGAGGUAGAAGGUGACAUGAAAGUGCUAGAUGUUGAUAUCAAAGGGCCCAAAGUUGACAUUAGUGCUCCAGAUGUGGAUGUUCAUGGCCCAGACUGGCACCUAAAGAUGCCCAAGGUGAAAAUGCCCAAGUUCAGCAUGCCUGGCUUCAAAGGAGAGGGCCCUGAAGUGGAUGUGAAGCUGCCCAAGGCUGACCUUGAUGUCUCAGGACCCAAGGUGGAUGUUGAAGUUCCAGAUGUGAAUAUCGAAGGUCCAGACGCAAAACUAAAAGGUCCUAAAUUCAAGAUGCCGGAAAUGAAUAUAAAGCCUCAGAAGAUAUCCAUGCCAGAUGUGGGUUUGCAUUUGAAAGGUCCUAAAAUGAAAGAUUAUGAUGUUACAGUUCCAAAAGUAGAAGGAGAGAUAAAAGCUCCCGAUGUUGACAUCAAAGGCCCAAAAGUUGACAUUAAUGCACCAGAUGUGGAGGUUCAUGGCCCAGACUGGCACCUGAAGAUGCCCAAGGUGAAAAUGCCCAAGUUCAGCAUGCCUGGCUUCAAAGGAGAGGGCCCUGAAGUGGAUGUGAACCUGCCCAAGGCUGACAUUGGUGUUUCGGGACCCAAGGUGGACAUUGAUGUUCCAGAUGUGAAUCUUGAAGCUCCAGAGGGAAAACUAAAAGGCCCUAAGUUCAAGAUGCCAAGCAUGAAUAUACAGACACACAAAAUCUCUAUGCCUGAUGUUGGGCUUAAUUUGAAAGCUCCUAAACUGAAAACUGAUGUAGAUGUUUCCCUUCCCAAAGUGGAAGGAGAUUUGAAGGGUCCUGAAAUUGAUGUGAAAGCCCCUAAGAUGGAUGUGAAUGUUGGUGAUAUUGAUAUUGAAGGUCCAGAAGGGAAGUUGAAGGGCCCCAAGUUUAAGAUGCCUGAGAUGCAUUUCAAGACCCCCAAGAUCUCCAUGCCGGAUGUGGACUUACACUUGAAAGGCCCCAAAGUCAAAGGGGAUGUGGAUGUGUCUGUGCCCAAGGUAGAAGGUGAAAUGAAAGUGCCGGAUGUUGACAUCAAAGGACCCAAAGUGGACAUUGAUGCCCCAGAUGUGGAGGUUCAAGGCCCAGAUUGGCAUCUGAAGAUGCCCAAGAUGAAAAUGCCCAAGUUCAGUAUGCCUGGCUUCAAAGCAGAGGGCCCCGAAGUGGAUGUGAAUCUGCCAAAGGCUGACAUUGAUGUGUCUGGACCCAGUGUGGACAUUGAUGCUCCUGAUUUGGAUAUUGAGGGACCAGAAGGAAAGUUGAAAGGCUCCAAAUUUAAGAUGCCCAAGUUGAAUAUAAAAGCUCCCAAGAUCUCCAUGCCAGAUGUGGACUUGAAUUUGAAGGGACCCAAACUGAAGGGAGAGAUAGAUGCUUCUGUGCCAGAACUGGAAGGUGAUCUCAGAGGGCCGCAAGUUGAUAUCAAAGGUCCUUCUGUGGGAGCGGAGGUGCCUGAUGUUGAUCUGGAGUGUCCUGAUGCAAAGUUGAAAGGGCCCAAGUUUAAGAUGCCUGAGAUGCACUUCAAGGCCCCCAAGAUCUCCAUGCCGGAUGUGGACUUACACUUGAAAGGCCGCAAAGUCAAAGGGGAUGUGGAUGUGUCUGUGCCCAAGGUAGAAGGUGAAAUGAAAGUGCCAGAUGUUGACAUCAAAGGACCCAAAGUGGACAUUGAUGCCCCAGAUGUGGAUGUUCAUGGCCCAGAUUGGCACCUGAAGAUGCCCAAGAUGAAAAUGCCCAAGUUCAGCAUGCCUGGCUUCAAAGCAGAGGGCCCUGAAGUGGAUGUGAACCUGCCCAAGGCUGAUGUUGAUGUCUCAGGACCCAAGGUGGACGUUGAAGUUCCAGAUGUGAGCCUUGAAGGUCCAGAAGGGAAGCUGAAGGGCCCCAAGUUUAAGAUGCCUGAGAUGCACUUCAAGUCCCCCAAGAUCUCCAUGCCAGAUGUGGACUUACACUUGAAAGGCCCCAAAAUCAAAGGGGAUGUGGAUGUGUCUGUACCAAAAUUGGAAGGAGAUUUAACAGGCCCCAGUGUGGAUGUGGAGGUGCCUGAUGUUGAGCUGGAGUGUCCUGAUGCAAAGUUGAAAGGCCCUAAAUUUAAGAUGCCAGACAUGCACUUCAAGACCCCCAAGAUCUCCAUGCCGGAUGUGGACUUACACUUGAAAGGCCCUAAAGUCAAAGGGGAUGUGGAUGUGUCUGUACCAAAACUGGAGGGAGAUUUAACAGGCCCCAGUGUAGAUGUGGAGGUGCCUGAUGUUGAGCUGGAGUGUCCUGAUGCAAAGUUGAAAGGGCCCAAGUUUAAGAUGCCUGAGAUGCACUUCAAGACCCCCAAGAUCUCCAUGCCGGAUGUGAACUUAAACUUGAAAGGCCCCAAAGUCAAAGGGGAUGUGGAUGUAUCUGUGCCCAAGGUAGAAGGUGAAAUGAAAGUGCCAGAUGUUGACAUCAAAGGGCCCAAAGUGGACAUUGAUGCCCCAGAUGUGGAUGUUCAUGGCCCAGACUGGCACCUGAAGAUGCCCAAGAUGAAAAUGCCCAAGUUCAGCAUGCCUGGCUUCAAAGCAGAGGGCCCUGAAGUGGAUGUGAACUUACCCAAGGCUGACAUUGAUGUCUCAGGACCCAAGGUGGAUGUCGAAGUCCCAGAUGUGAGCCUUGAAUGUCCAGAAGGGAAGCUGAAGGGCCCCAAGUUUAAGAUGCCUGAGAUGCACUUUAAGACCCCCAAGAUCUCCAUGCCUGAUGUCGAUUUCAAUUUAAAGGGACCCAAAAUCAAAGGAGAUGUUGACGUUUCUGCCCCAAAGCUGGAAGGAGAGUUAAAAGGUCCAGAAUUGGAUGUCAAAGGUCCCAAAUUAGAUGCUGACAUGCCAGAAGUAGCUGUGGAAGGCCCAAAUGGCAAGUGGAAAACUCCUAAGUUCAAGAUGCCAGAUAUGCACUUUAAAGCUCCCAAAAUCUCUAUGCCAGACCUCGAUCUACACUUGAAGGGCCCCAAGGCAAAAGGAGAGGUGGAUGUAGAUGUUCCCAAAUUGGGAGGGGAACUUAAAGGGCCACAUGUGGACGUCAGUGGGCCAGACAUUGACAUUGAGGGACCAGAGGGCAAAUUGAAAGGCCCUAGGUUCAAGAUGCCUGAUAUGCAUUUCAAAGCCCCCAGUAUUUCUAUGCCGGAUGUUGACCUAAAUCUCAAAGGACCCCAAAUCAAGGGGGAUGUAGAUGUGUCUGUGCCUGAGGUAGAAGGUAAAAUUGAAGUACCAGAUGUGAACAUCAAGGGCCCCAAAGUUGAUGUAAAUGCCCCCGAUGUCCAAGGUCCAGACUGGCACCUAAAGAUGCCCAAGAUGAAAAUGCCCAAGUUCAGCAUGCCUGGCUUCAAAACAGAGGGCCCUGAAGUGGGUGUAAACCUGCCCAAGGCCGACAUUGAUGUCUCAGGACCCAAAGUGGACAUUGAAGGCCCUGAUGUUAACAUUGAAGGACCAGACGGAAAGUUGAAAGGGCCUAAGUUCAAGAUGCCAGAGAUGAACAUCAAAGCCCCCAAGAUCUCCAUGCCUGACUUUGAUUUGCAUCUGAAAGGUCCCAAGGUGAAGGGUGAUGUGGAUGUUUCUCUGCCCAAAGUGGAAGGCGACCUCAAGGGCCCCGAAGUUGACAUCAAGGGGCCCAAAGUGGAUAUCGAUGCCCCAGAUGUGGGUGUUCAAGGCCCAGACUGGCACCUGAAGAUGCCCAAGGUGAAAAUGCCAAAGUUCAGCAUGCCUGGCUUCAAGGGAGAGGGCCCAGAUGUGGAUGUGAACCUGCCCAAGGCUGACAUUGAUGUCUCAGGACCCAAAGUGGACAUUGAAAGCCCUGAUGUUAACAUUGAAGGGCCGGAGGGAAAAUUGAAAGGGCCUAAGUUCAAGAUGCCAGAGAUGAACAUCAAAGCCCCCAAGAUCUCCAUGCCUGACUUUGACUUAAACCUGAAAGGCCCCAAAGUAAAGGGUGAUGUGGAUGUUUCCCUUCCUAAAGUGGAAGGUGACCUCAAGGGCCCAGAAGUUGAUAUCAAGGGCCCAAAAGUGGACAUUGACGCACCUGAUGUUGAUGUUCAUGACCCAGACUGGCACCUAAAGAUGCCCAAGAUAAAAAUGCCCAAGAUCAGCAUGCCUGGCUUCAAAGGAGAGGGUCCAGAUGUGGAUGUGAACCUACCCAAGGCUGACCUUGAUGUCUCAGGACCGAAAGUGGAUGUUGAAUGUCCCGAUGUGAAUAUUGAAGGACCUGAAGGAAAGUGGAAAAGUCCAAAGUUUAAGAUGCCUGAGAUGCAUUUUAAGACUCCAAAGAUAUCCAUGCCAGAUGUUGACCUGAAUCUCACAGGUCCAAAAAUAAAAGGAGAUGUGGACGUUACAGGCCCUAAGGUAGAGGGAGAUCUGAAAGGUCCUGAAGUUGACCUCAAAGGUCCCAAAGUGGACAUUGAUGUCCCAGAUGUUAAUGUUCAGGGUCCAGACUGGCACCUGAAGAUGCCCAAGAUGAAAAUGCCCAAGUUCAGCAUGCCUGGCUUCAAAGCAGAGGGCCCAGAUGUGGAUGUGAACCUGCCCAAGGCUGACAUUGAUGUCUCAGGACCCAAAGUGGACAUUGAAGGCCCUGAUGUUAACAUUGAAGGACCAGGACGGAGUUGAA